AUGAAGCAUAGAGCAAAGUAUUUCCCUGAUAGUAUUUCUUUCUCGAUAGCUAAGUCUAAUUGUGCCAUAGAGGAGAUUCUAGAUGACUCCAACCUAAAACAAGCAAUUCAAAAUCCGAACACUCAAUUUUUAGAGUAUCUAUCCACGGAAAGCUCCAUACAUCAGAUGAUGGACUAUGUACUUACUGAAAAUAAACUGAAAUGCGAUCAAUAUCAAAGACGUUCGCAGUUGUGUAUUGAACUUCUUAAAUCAAAGUUUUUAGGAUAUCAAAAUAGCCUUCUCUCCAAUCAAGUAUUUAUAGAUAAAAUAAGGGAUUUUAUGUAUUUGUCCGCUAAUAGGAAUCCUUUUUUGUGUGGCCAUUUCGCCAAUCUCAUUACUUCUUAUACAAAUCUUUCCGACGGUUCAUUUCUCAAUAAUUUUGAUCACCUUAAGUAUUAUUUAACCCAAAAUAUUGAUAUAGUAGCACUUAAAGAUCUCUUUGUUUUCUUAGUCACCGAGUUUAACGGCGAAUUCCAAUUUUCACAGCAAGAUUCUAUCAAUAUGUGUGAGGAUCUUAUAGAUAUGCCAUACAAUAAGCAGCUUGGAGUUGUUUCUGCUUUCCAAGAUAUCAUUUCUAAGCGAGAGUACCUUAUUUCUCUGUUCGAUGAUGAUAUUGUGAUGAAGGACCUCCUGAAGAUGGCGUUCAAGACCAAUAAGCCACUCCUUGCCAGAGACAUUUUUAACUUUAUCGGAAAUUCAAAGUGUCUUUGCGAAAAUUCUACGGGAGUAAUUGAAAAAAUGGGAAAUAAGUUCUCGAUUUCCGAGGACCAAAUAUCUCCAAUAUCUUUUAUUCCUUAUAUUAAUUUAUAUCCAAGUUCUGUUGGGAAUUACAUGAACUAUUUCUUCAAAAAAGGGUCCAACACCAUGAUAAACCAUGCGAUCGUUAAGACGAUAGCUAACCUUUCCGAUGAAGAAAUCGAAAAAAUUGUAAUUAAAGAGGAUAUUCCAUCGAAAGUCAUAGAGAAGUUCAAUACAACAGAUAGAUCUGGUCAUAUACAAGCACUCGCCGAGUGUCUCAUGAAGAAUAGUUAUGUUUGGUCGACGUAUAAAAACAAUCUUUGGACAAAAUUUGUCAAAGACCAGUUGAUCCCGUAUCUAAACGUGAAAAACGGAUACUAUGGAGGAUAUAUCAAUGGUGUUUACUGCACUUUAGACGAUUUGAAAAAUAAAAUUACAAAUGCAAUCAAAUUUGAAACAGAAAUCAACGAAGAAUGCGUUUCAAAGCCAAUUAAAAAUAUAGUUAAUGAAGAUAACGAUGAAGAACCUGUUAUCUCUACAAAGCCUGAUGAAAUAGAUUAUGAAUCUAUUGUAGUUUCAAGGAGGCGACAUCGCCACGUUCCACGUAUGUUAUUUAAUUAUGAUUAA